GACACAGUAACCUGUUGUGGGUGGAGCGUUUAGGAAUGAAAGUGAAAGUCUGAGUGACUUGAAAAUGAAAUGGUUUUGCUUUGGAAAGUGUCGUUUGUUUUCUUUUAUUUAACUCUAUCAAAAUUGGGUCUCAUCAGUUGUGUCCUGUAUUUCGAGAAUGGAAAAAGUUUGAUUUUAGAUCCAGAUAUGAAAGGAACACCCGAGGAUAUUUUGUGGACAUUCAAUGGAAACAAACUGGCUGAACAGGAUCUGAAUGAGUUUCAGGACUAUGGUCAAUUUGUGAAGAGAACAGAGAUUGACAUUCCAACUGGACGUCUCAGAGUUCAUCGGAUGACCAGAGAUGACAGCGGAUUUUACAAAGCUAUGAUACAGAUCGAUGGAAAGUUACAGUAUUUUGGAGUAGAUGUUGAAGUCAUUGAUGGUGUGCCAGAGCCGCAGGUGACGUGUGAACUGAACAGCUCGUCACAAUCCAGACAGUUAUUCUGUUCAAUGCCAGAUGAGAUUAUGGUGACGUACACAUGGACUGGACCAGAUGUGCUUCUCGCCGGUCAAACACUUGAGAUUGAUAAAGAUGAGCCGUCUGACUCUGUUUAUAUCUGUACAGUCAAAAAUCCAGUGAGCCAAAAAAGCAACAGCAUCAUUCUGAAAGACUGCAUCACAGAUGGAUUCAACCUUCAUCCGAUCAUCAUUCCUCUGGUAACCAUCGGCGUGAUCUUGAUUGCCGGAGCAUUAGCUCUGGUCAUGUAUCUCAGAUGCUGGAGAAACAAGAGUAAACAGAUGUCUCCAGAAGAAAAAGAAGGCGUGAGGCUUUUGGAAUCGACAGUAAACCAGAAUCAAGAUGUGAACCAGAGAUCCAGAGAUGUUCAUGAUGGAGAAGAAAACAGAGAGCAGAAAACCAAUGAAGAUGAAGAUCUGUGUGAGCACAACGAUGAAGGAGCAGUCGUGAUCAUCCAGGAGACUGAUGGAAACAUCUCAGAGCAAGAGAAAGAAGACGACGUUCAGACUCAUGAAUCAGACGUUCAUGAUGGAGACGAAAACAGAGAGCAGCAGAUAAAUGAAGACGAAGGAACACUGAACGAUGAAGGAGCAGUCGUGAUCAUCCAGGAGACUGAUGGAAACAUCUCAGAGCAAAAGAAAGAAGACGACGUUCAGUCUGAGUCUGAGCAGACUCAUGAAUCAGAAUCCAGUGAAGAAGGGAAGGAUGACGAACUGGAAAUGAGUUCUGACAGAAGAGAAUCUGUGGAUACAAAUGAACAAACAGACGGGAUAAAUAAAGACAAGCAAUCAGAAAACUGUUCCGAUGAACACCGUAAAGAGCUGAAUGAAAGAAACUUCCAGGAUCAAUCUGAGCAGAUUCAUGAUUCUGCAAAUGAUUCCAACCAGAGCAUCAGAGAUGAGGAUGAAGAUGAUGAUGAUGAAGACAGAAAGCAGAUCGUGAGUGAACACAGAGAGGACUUUAUAGAGGAAGAGGAAGGAAACACAGACGAAAGUGCAGAUGAGAACAUUACUGAGAAAAGUGAGGAUGCGUCUACACCCAGCUGUGAUUCAGGAGACCGAAUGUGUGUGAAAGACAUGAGGAAGAUAUUUGAGAAUCAGUGAUACAGAUUCUAUCAGUGUGAUGGAGAGAAGCCAGGAAACAUCUCAAAGUCAGAUGACGUAAUGUCAAAGACAUGUCAACUCACACACGUGGUGCUCAGAAACAUGUUUUGGUGCUAACAGCAUGUCAUUUUUGAGUGUAUUUUACAGAAGGUGCUACAGUACACUAUAUGAUGACAAAGAUGUCAGUAACAGAUCUAACAUUUCAUCGUGAUGUGCACAUGUCAAAAUGGUUUCACGAUAUAACUUGAGAACAACACAACGAUAAAAAAAGAUUUGUACUUGAAUGACAUCACACCAUUCGAGAAAACAUUUUUAUUUAUUUUAUUUAAAUGUUAAGAUAAUUGUCAGAUGUUGUCUUUGUAUAUUAAAGAUCUGCUUAUAGUCAAUAAAUGAAGGAUGA